GCUGAGGACAGACUCACACAGCGGAAACUUCUGCACGGGGGAGACGGGAAGGGCAACAGAGAGGGGUCUACAUCUACCAUUGCUGCUUAGCCCCUUGGGAGAUCCAUCCAGGCUUUCUCUACUUCUAUGAGGACUUCUGGAGGGUCCAUCCCCACUUCCUGACCAACACUGUAGAGGCUGCUAUGUCUGUCUGAACUGUCAGCUCCUCCUGCAGCCAUGGCCCAACAGAGCGCUGAGCUGUCCCACUGCUAGGCGACGGGGCAUUCGAGAGGGCAGGAGACAUGUUGGGACAGAGGCUCGGAAACCACUGCACUGAAUUCAGUUACUAUAGCAACUACUGUAGUAACCAUGGAAACGCUACGGAGGACUGGUCUGGUCUGCACUGUUAUCGUCGUCAUGGUUGCCACCGAGGUCGCAGGAGGUCGCAGAGAUGAGUUUGCUCAAUCACAAGCUGCCUUCCUGUCCAGUCUAGGCCAGUAUGAGAUUGCCAUCCCAGUACGUGUGGGACCUAAUGGUGAGACGCUUGAUGCAGAAACGCCUCAGUACCACCAAAGAAGACGACGGAGCACUGAAGACAGGCUGCCUGAUGCUCUCUUCUACCAGCUGUCCACAUCACGUAACAACUUCCUGCUGAACCUGACGCUACAGGGAGGCCUGCUGUCCCGGCAGUUCAGGGUGGAGUACUGGAAGAGGGGUCGAUUAGCCUGGAGCCACCCUUACUCUCCCCACUGCCACUACAUAGGACACCUCCAAGACCAGCCACACUCCAGCAAAGUGGCCCUGAGCAACUGCAAUGGCCUGCAGGGGGUGAUUGUUGCAGGGGGAGAGGAGUACCUGAUUGAACCCCUUGUCUCACCAGAUAACCAGACCAGGACGGAGAGGGGGGAGAGAGCAGAGGGGCGCCCCCAUGUGGUUUACAAGCGGUCAUCGCUUCGCCAUCAGUACAAGGGCCUAUCCUGUGGAGUCAUUGAUGAAAAGCCGAUGAAGGGUGCAUCAUGGUGGCAGCGGACACUGAAGACGCCUCCUCAUCACGUCGGCCGCAGCCAGCUACCUCUGAAGCGCUCAGUUAGCCGGGAGCGUUAUGUGGAGACCCUGGUGGUAGCCGACAAGAUGAUGGUGGGUUACCAUGGUCGCAGGGACAUCGAGCAGUACAUCCUGGCUGUCAUGAAUAUUGUUGCCAAACUGUUCCAGGAUUCUAGCCUGGGGAAUGCAGUCAACAUUGUGGUGACACGGCUCAUCCUGCUCAUGGAAGACCAGCCAACACUGGAGAUAAACCACCAUGCAGGGAAGUCGUUAGACAGCUUUUGUAAGUGGCAGAAAACCAUCCAGCACCGGAGCAGCUAUGGGAACGCCAUACCAGACAACGGGAUUGCUCACCACGACACUGCUGUGCUUAUCACCAGGUACGACAUCUGCAUUCAAAAAAACAAGCCCUGUGAAACCCUAGGCCUGGCUCCUGUAGGAGGGAUGUGUGAGCCAGAGAGGAGCUGUAGCAUCAAUGAAGACAUUGGCCUGGGAACAGCCUUUACUAUCGCCCAUGAGAUAGGACACACGUUUGGAAUGAACCAUGACGGUAUGGGCAACGCCUGUGGCCCCCGCAGCCAGGAGACCGCCAAGCUGAUGGCUGACCACAUUACCAUGAAGACAAACCCGUUCAUCUGGUCCGCCUGUAGCCGGGAUUACAUCACCAGCUUCCUGGACUCAGGUAUGGGCUCCUGUCUGAACAACGUCCCCCCCAAGCAGGAGUUUGUGUACCCCACCACAGCCCCUGGUCAGGCCUACGAUGCAGACGAACAGUGCCGCUUCCAGUACGGCGUUAGAUCUCGACAAUGUAAAUAUGCGGAAGUCUGCAGUGAACUUUGGUGCAUGAGUAAGAGCAACCGUUGCAUCACCAGCAGCAUUCCCGCUGCAGAGGGAACCAUCUGUCAGACCAACACGAUAGAGAAAGGCUGGUGCUACAAGAGGGUGUGUGUGGCCUAUGGGACUCGUCCAGAGGGCGUGGACGGUGGCUGGGGGUUGUGGUCACCCUGGGAAGAGUGCAGCAGGACGUGUGGCGGUGGAGUCUCCUCUUCCAUCAGACACUGUGACAGCCCCAGGCCAACCAUUGGUGGAAAGUAUUGUCUAGGGGAGAGAAAGCGUUUCAGGUCCUGCAAUAUUGAUGAGUGCCCCGCAGGCUCUCGGGAUUUCAGAGAGAUUCAGUGCUCGGACUUUGACAGCGUUCCUUUCCGAGGAAAGUUUUACGCCUGGAAGCCAUACAGAGGGGGUGGGGUGAAGCCCUGCUCUCUUAACUGCCUGGCAGAAGGUUACAACUUCUACACAGAGCGUGCUCCAGCUGUGGUGGAUGGCACACCUUGCCGAGAUGACUCUCUGGAUGUGUGCGUAAAUGGGGAGUGUAAGCACGUAGGCUGUGACCGCAUCCUCGGCUCGGACGUUCGCGAGGACCGCUGCCGGAUCUGUGGGGGUGACGGGAGCAGCUGCGUGUCUGUGGAGGGACUCUUCAACGACUCGCUGCCUGAAGGAGGUUAUGAAGAAGUGGUCAGAAUUCCCAAAGGAUCAGUGUUCAUCCACAUACAAGAGCUCAACAUCUCCCUCAAUUACCUUGUCCUGAAGAGUAAAGGCGACCAAUAUUUUAUCAAUGGGAAGCUGACCAUUGACACACCGCGCAGGUUCGAUAUUGCCGGUACCACCUUCCACUACAGGCGUCCCACUGACGGGCCAGAAACUCUUGAAGCUCUGGGGCCAACAAACAUGACCCUUAUCGUCAUGGUGCUGGUGAGGGAGGAGAACCCAGGGAUCCACUAUCGUUUCAACCCCCCGCUGAACAGGGAUCCUCUGAGCGGCUUUGCUUGGCACUACACCUCCUGGUCACGCUGCUCAGCUCUCUGCGCUGGAGGUGUGCAGAUCCAGCAGGUGGUGUGUAAGAAGCAGGCAGAUCAUACAGUCACCUACAACCACUUCUGUGACAAGAAGAGCAAACCCAAAGAGAAGAGGAGAUCCUGCAAUACUGAGCCGUGCUCCCCAACCUGGUGGACAGGAGAGUGGUCGGAGUGCAGUCGCACCUGUAACGGUGGCCUGCGGACUCGGGAGGUUUUAUGUAAAAGAAGGAUCUCAGCGACAGAGGAGAAAGUCCUGGAUGACUCAGCCUGUACCCCCCCACGCCCCUCACUCACUGAGCCCUGCAGCAACCACAGCUGCCCCCCUGAAUGGCUGGCCCUGGACUGGUCAGAGUGUACGCCCAGUUGUGGUCCUGGCUACAGGCACCGUGUGGUCUUGUGUAAGAGUGGGGAGAGUGGCGACACGCUACCAGAGUCCAAGUGCCCCAAGCAUGGCCGGCCCACCUCCAGGGUGCGCUGUAACCUGCAGCGCUGUCCUCCCCCUCAGUGGGUGAUGGGUCCCUGGGGUGAGUGUUCUGCCAAGUGUGGCCUGGGUCAGGAGAUGCGUUCGGUUCAGUGUCUGGCCCACACCGGCCAGCCAUCCAAUGAGUGUCUGGAGCAUCAGCGACCAGCAGCCAUGCAGCAGUGCAAGAGCAAAUGUGACCUCAGUCUGCCCAUCAGUACAGACAACCCGGAAGAGUGUAAAGAUGUGAACACUGUGGCCUACUGCCCCCUGGUGCUCAGGUUCAAGUUCUGCAGCCGGCCAUAUUUCAGACAAAUGUGCUGCAAGACCUGCCAGGGACACUGACACCAAGAAAACACACAGCAUCCAUCUUUGGGUCCUGUACACACUCACACACAGUAAGCCUGAAACCCUCCCACUGAGCCGUGUUAACAGCAGCCCUCACGCUACCUCUUUCAGAGGAGUGAGAGAUCUAACUGGGAUGCUGUCAGACUGACACCUGGUCCCGUAACUGGUCACAGGGGACCUUUUCCAGCCAGAAUCCGGACCAGACCAGACGCCUCUUUGGGCCGAGCUGGGCCGAGAUGGCCUGAGCUGAGUUAAUACAUUCCACUGGAGGGAGGGCUGCUGAAACCUGGAGAGGCAGAGAGAGUGACUUCCCUCCAUCAUCUUUUAGGAUGAACCCUCUCUCUCUGUCUCUCUAAAUGAUCCCUCGGUUGUAAUAUUUUGGUGCUACUUAUAUUUCACUUUGGCCGCAGGACUGGUCGCAGUAUUCUGAGUUUGUUUUUGCUUCGGUGGCCUACAUUUUUUUAACCUGAAUGUUAACAGGUGAUAUCUGUUUAGUUACGAAUUAUAUUAAAAAAAAAUCCACUUUGUAAAGAAAAUGAUUUUCCAGAUAUCUUUGCCCAUGAAAAGGAAUAUCUUAUAUUAUGAAAUGAAAGAUUUGUCGCUGUGUUAUCUGAUAGUUGUUACUUGACCACAAUGUUUUCUGCUAUUCUGUUAUUGCUUUGUUCCAUAUCAUCAUAUUCACCAAAUCCUCGCUGUUACUCAGCUGAAGUAUGAGCAGAGUUGGAUUUGCACAAAGUGUCAGCAGUCAGAGGACUUGUGUAGUUUGUGUUUGUUUUGAUGUGUUUUGACUUGAUGUCUCCAUGGAAGCUACAAUUGUCUCACUGCAGUGAACCUGCCGUAGUCUUGCCAUUUUUGGUUAGUUUGCUUACAUGGUAUCACCUCUGCAGUAAAAUGGUGCUGCUCGCUGACUUUAGUAAUGUGAGCGAAGCCAGUGCUCACCUCACCAGGACAUUUUCACAUUAUAGGAUAUUACAUUGUGCUGUGGCUACGCACUGUGGCAUAAAGUCUUCAAAAAAGCUCGGCUCAGUGUCAUUAUCUGGAAAAGAAACCCAGCCCGGGCAUUGCUGUUGAUUUUUUUUUUUUUUUUAAUGUAUUUUAUUUUAUUUUUUUAGGUGGGUUUAUUUUUGCCACAUGUUCCCACUCUCUCGCCAGUGCUAGUAACUUUUACUGUGAGUGGAAAUUCAGAGCACAGUGAGACACAGUGAGUCGGUUUUGCCAGCAGGAACAGGUCCAGUGCGGAGCAGUGAAGACCUCUGACCGCACAGCUUUCAAAGAGUGUUUUAUAGUUAGAGCGCUAAUCUGAGGAUGGAUUUACAUGCACAUAAAAUAUCGAAUUUCUUUGUGACACAGAUCUGUGUGUGUGUAUUCAUGGCUGUUGAAUGAAACCAGCCUUCAGAGUGCCGAAUUAAUUUAUCUCCCAGUGUGUUAAUGUUAAACCAAUUGCUAAUAUUUUUUGGCCACUUGGGUGUUUGGAAACAAGUUGCGGGCAGAAGACUCUCAUAGCAUCACCUUUUAAAUUGAUGUGGUGAAGUUGUUAGCAAAUAAUUGCUUAUUUACACAUCCAGCAGUUGCAGAUCAACAUUCAUUUGGAGUCAUGUUUGUGUCUACCUGGUGAAUGUAAGUCCAGUGUUUACUCUUUUUUUUAGCUCUGCUUUUGAUUUCGACCAACUCCUGAGGAAAAUAUCAGGCUCUUUAACUGUCAAAUGCUCCGCUGUGUUCACAUGCUGGUUUCUAACUCUGUCUGUCUGUUGUUUGGUGCUGUGCAGGUAGUGGACUUUGGGUUUUUAGAGCCUUAUUUCUGAAAACAGCUUCCUGAGAGCAGUGAGAGUUCACCAGUAAAGUUGUGGGCCAGACAGCUAAACACUGAUCUGAAACUCAGUAUAAAGCUCUGUAAAGCCGAGGGGAGCUGCAGGUUCAGGUAAACAGUUUCCCGUAGGUGUGACCCCUUUCGCAUUGUCACAUUGUGAUAGAUUAUUAUACAGAUUACUGCUGCUUUAACGGAUCAGCACACUCAGUGUGGAGCUGGGUGCUGAUUUCUCAAAAACAAGAAUCUAAAAAUCAUCAGCUGGACAGCUCAGCAGUUAAAUGUUUGAUUAAUGCACAGCUGUGUGGGCCAGAUGUUUUCUGGCCUUUCUUGUGUGAAUGCAAUUCAGCUUUUUUUUUUCCUUUUAAAGACAGUAAUAGGAUUAUGUGACUAAGAGGUUCUCUAUUUCGCUGUUACGUACAGGAUGUCACCUGACCCAAAGUUGUGUAGUACAGAUUUCAUUGAAGAGUUUUAUUGACGCAUCUUUAAAGGUGCAGUUUCAGCUGUUUUCUCCAUCCUGCAGAGAAUAUUUUUACAAUUGCUGCCUAAGUCUCAGAUGAGUCAUCAGGUCUGAUGGCAUCACUGCGACGUCCUCUGUGCUCUAAAGUCCGCUGUGGCCGGACUUUUCACAAAUGUUCACACUGAUCACCGCUGAAAGCAGCUCCGCUGUGUCACAUAAGGUCAUUGUAAAGAGAGGAAGCUACAGCGUGUCUUUACGGGGCUUAGCUGCAUUGUUGUUCCUGUUUUUUGUUUUGUGGUGCUUUGGUUUGGACUGGUGCUAUUAGUUCACUGUUGUUGUCUCUGUGUCUGAGUUAUCAUUUUGAGAGUUUAAUUAUGUAGAAAUGUAGUUUGAGCCUUUUGUAAUAAUACCAAUCUGCAGAGCUGGCCUGAGAUGUAAGAGUGCAGCUGCUUAGAACCUCUCACCCACCAGGGGUCAUCUUUGGGUUUAUCUGCUCAUUUGUAUAAUUUCGAUUCCCUGACUUAUUUAAAGUGGCCAAAAGUGCUCCCAAAAUGCAGCUCACAACACAAAUUUGGGGACUGCUAUAUGACAAAUACUUUAAAAAUUUGUCGAGGUUCAGUAUCUAAAAGGGUUUUCACAUGCAUUAGCAAUUUUAACAUUAAAAAAAUAACUAAUUCUGGUGGGCACUAAACUAAAUUUGGGAGAAUCAAACCAUGUUUAGCUUGGGCAAGCCCUUCUAAUCCAUCCACGUGGAGCACAGAAACAUACAUUUUACUUUAAUUUAGUAAAGUCGUAUGCCAUCAGAGUGCACAGCAUCCCUGUAAUUAUCCAGUACUAAAAAGGUGGAAAGACUAUUUAUAUGUUUAGACAUUUUUUGUUUUUUUCUGUAUUUGCGUGGGCCUAUAAGGUUCACACCAAGUGGUGAACAUGUUUUGUCUGCGUUAAUAAGAGGGACAGUACCGGUAACUUUUGUUUUUCACAUGCUAAUUAUAACAUAACAUGUACUGUAUAUUGUUCAAUACUAUAAAAAAUGAAUCCAUUUGUCCCCCAUGUACAUCUUUUUA